ACGUGAAACGAAAACAAAACAAUUUCAAACUAUACCACACUGCCACAAACCAAACGUAGUUCCGCAGUUACUCUAUAAUACUGCAAAAAAUAAAAGUGUAUUUCCUUCAAAUUGUACCCGGGAAAGGAAUACCAUGGCCUACCUUUCUAACUUCACCGCCGAAACGGGUAAAACCAUCCUCAUUGACGUGCUGAAGACGGCCAACCUACCGGACAAUGCCAAGAAGCUGUCGGAAGCGAAAGCCAGCUCUGGAAAGGAGAUGAUCCGAAUGAUGCAGUAUGUCUUCCCGUUGGUGAUGCAGCUGCAGAUCGGCGUUAUCAAAGAGUACGGAUUCCCGCCGAACCGCGAGGGAUUGGUCCAGUUCGAGCAGAUCAUUCGGGAGUUCGAACGGGAAGAUGUGGAUAUAGCGAGGCUCCGAGCGCAGAUACGUUCGAUCUAUCUUCCACCGAUUAACAUAAACAGCACAAACGAUGUACUGAUCUAAGUGGGGGCACGAAGCUCAAGGAUAUUGAAACGAUAUUUGCCAAGGAUUAUUAUUUUCUUUUGGAUACAAUAUGCGCAGGAAAGGAUAUUUGCAAUAACUUUUCUCAUUUGUGCUGCGACCUCGUAGAAACGUUUCGUACGGCUCGGUAGGUUUAAGCAAGACUGAACAAAUUAUUAACCGGAUUUACAAACUCGUAAUAGGUAUUGUAAGUGUAGAAGGAGAUUUUAUUCUAUAGAAUAGGUUACAGGUACUAACAGAGCAUUAAACUGCCAGCGUUAACAAUAGACAACAAGUAAGCUGUAUUAUUUUUUGACAUUUAACAAUAGCAAAAUCGCGGCUGCAUAUGGUGAUAUUACAACUUUCGUGUCAAUGAAGUAUGUUGCACCAUCUUAAAAGAUUUAUAAUGAAAAAGGUACAGUAUAUAGGAAUUGUAUACACACUCUUGAAAUGAGUGAAUAAAUAUAACAAU